UAGCUAGCUCGAGAUGAGAGCGAACAAGCCACUGCAUCCCCAGAAGCAGAAGCUAUCGUCGCCCAACGGCGGCAAGCCGGGCUAUUUCAUCCUGCCCAAAUCCGCCUGCAUUUGGUUCUCCUGCGGAUUCGUCUCCUUAGCCCUCCUCCACCUCUUCUGCUGUUCUUCUUCCGGCGCUCGAGAAGCGGUGUUCUCUCCCCUGCUCCAGUACGUCGAUGACACAUACAACUUCAUCUCAUCUGGGCCGGGAGGAGGGAAGAGCUGCAACUAUUCGGAGGGGAGGUGGGUGUGGGCGCCGGGCCACGCGCGGCGGUACAACGCCACCGAGUGCAACGUGAAGUGGAGCCACAACUGCAUCCGCAACGGGCGGCACGACACGGGCUACCUCGACUGGCGGUGGCAGCCGGAAGGGUGCCGCCUGCCUGCGUUCGACGCCAAGAGGUUCCUCUCGGCGAUGCGCGGCAAGCAUGUGGCCUUCGUCGGCGACUCGAUGGCACGGAACCAGGUCCAGUCCCUCAUCUGCCUCCUCAGCGCGGCGUUCCCGCCCCGCAUCGUGUACCGGGACCCCGAGCCGUGGAAGUGCUACUUCUGGCGCUGGGCGUUCCCAACGCACGACGUGACGGUGUCCUUUUACUGGGCGCCGUUCAUCGCCAGGGCCACGGGCAAGGCGGUGAACGAGAGCAUGGCACAAAACAUGAACUAUGUGUACCUCGACGCGCUCGACGACCGGUGGGCGGCCGACGCCGACACCAUGGACGUUGUGGUGCUCACCGCCGGCCACUGGUUUUUGAACGGGGCCAUCUACUACAACGGCAGCCGGGUGAUCGGCCACCACGUCCACGACGAGCUCAACGCAUCCGACAUCAUCGGCUACGCCUGGCCGAUGCAGCUGGCGUAUCGAAUGGCGUUGGACAGGCUGAGCUCCGGCCGGCCACGAACCGUGAUGCUAGCCACCUUCUCACCGCCUCACUUCGAAGGCAGAACCCUCACGACAGGGUGCCCGAGGAAGGGGCCGUACGAGGAGGGGGAGAAGGAGCUGCGACCCGUCGAGAAGGAGCUGAGGAGCCUCAUGUACGAGGAGGCCGAGGCCGCGACGCGGAGGAGCGGCACGACGAGGGUCGAGGUGCUGGACGUGACGAAGCUGGCGUUUAUGCGGCCGGACGGGCACCCCGGCGCGUACACCCACGGCGACCCGUCCGCGAGCGGCGUGCACAAGUGGAUGUUGGCCGACUGCCUCCACUUCUGCCUGCCCGGGCCGGUGGACACGUUCAACGAGAUACUGCAGCAGCUCCUGACGAAGAGCCAGGGCGAAGUUAGGUAGAGAUAUGUCCAUUGGCAUCACAGUAAAUCAAAAUUUUAAUAGUAAUUGUCUUAUUUUGAUUAUAUGUGUAUCAUGGUAAAUUAAGUUUUAUGACUAAUAUUUACUUUGAACUAUAU